GUGAGGAGUGGAGCAACCAGGCAGGAGUAUGCGAAAUGGCUGUUGUAGUGGAGAGCAGCAGCGACAAGGGCUCGAGCUGCCAGGCUGGGAAACAUACCUGGGCUGUUGAGGGGCUGACAGAAAGCUCGUCAGACGGGACAGUGACUUUCAACGACACCGGCUUCUCCACUAUCCUGCAGGGUGGCCUGGAUGACCUCCGGCUGGACAGCUCCCUCACGGAUGUUGUCCUGUGUGUGGAUGACAGAGAGUUUUCCUGUCACCGGGUUGUGUUGGCAGCUGCCAGCAGUUACUUCAGGGCGAUGUUUUGCAAUGAUCUUAAAGAAAAACAUGAAGAAAAGAUAGUGAUUAAGGGGGUCGAUGCGGACACCAUGCAGAUGUUACUGGAGUACACUUACACCAGCAAAGUCUCUAUCACCAGACAGAAUGUCCAAGCAACCUUGGAGGCUGCCAGCCUCUUUCAGUUCCUGCGGAUGGUGGAUGCCUGUGCCAGUUUCCUGAUGGAUGCAGUGCACCCGGAUAACUGCGUGGGGAUCCUGCGACUGGCUGAUACUCACUCCCUGGACAGCCUGCGGAGACGUGUCCAGAACUACAUCGUCCAGAACUUCCCUCAGGUACUCAACAACGAGGAGUUCCUGGAACUGCCGGCAGAGAUUCUCUCAGAUAUCCUCAGGAGCGACGAGCUGUACGUGACUGAUGAGGAGCAAGUGUUUGAGACAGUGAUCCGCUGGGUACACUACCGGGAGUCGGAGAGGCUCCAUCAGCUCCCCCAGGUCCUGAGGCACGUACGCCUUCCCCUACUCGACCCCUGGUACUUUGUGGAGCAAGUGGAAGGCGAUGAACUUGUUCGGAAAAACCCUGAUGUCUUCCAUUUGUUGCAAGAAGCUAGGAUGUACCACCUGUCUGGCAAUGAGAUUAUCUCAGAGAGGACGAAACCCAGAAUGCAGGAGUUCCAGUCAGAGGUCUUCAUGAUAAUUGGCGGCUGCACCAAGGAUGAGAAGUUCGUGUCAGAGGUGACCUGUUUAGACCCACUCCGACGAAGCCGCCUGGAGGUGGCCAAGCUGCCCAUCACUGAGCUGGAAGUAGAGAGUGAGAACAAGAAGUGGGUGGAGUUUGCCUGCAUCACAUUUCGGAAUGAAGUUUACAUCUCAGGUGGGAAAGAGACGCAGCAUGAAGUGUGGAAGUACAAUGCCUCCCUAAAUAAGUGGAUUCAGGUCGAAUAUUUAAACACUGGAAGGUGGCGCCACAAGAUGGCAGUUCUGAGCGGCAAAGUGUACGCAGUAGGCGGCUUUGAUGGCAUUUCCCGUCUCAACAGUGUGGAAGCAUAUGACCCAUUUCACAAUUGCUGGUCAGAGGUGGUUCCACUCCUUGUAAAUGUGAGCUCGUUUGCGGCCACUACUUAUCAGAAGAAACUCUACGUGAUUGGAGGAGGACCCAAUGGGAAGCUGGCCACUGACAGAACACAGUGCUAUGACCCAACAGUCAAUAAAUGGAGCCUCAAAUCACCGAUGCCUGUUGAAGCCAAGUGCAUCAAUGCCGUUACAUUCAAUGAUCACAUUUAUGUUGUAGGUGGUGCAAUGAAGGCUCUCUACUGCUACAACCCUACCGAGGACCUAUGGACCCUGGUCACCCAGUUUGGCCAUGAACGUGCCAGCUGUGGGAUCGCGGCAUGCAACAACAAGCUAUUCAUUACCGGGGGGCGUGACGAGAAGAAUGAGGUCAUUGCCACCGUGUUGUGUUGGGACACAGAGAAGCAGAAGCUGACAGAGGAAUGCGUUUUGCCCCGCGGGGUCUCGCACCAUGGCAGUGUCACUGUCCGGAAAUCCUACACACACAUCCGCCGCAUCGUUCCAGGAGCUGUCUCCGUAUGACAGCAGGAAACCCUACUCGCUUCCUGACUCAAGGAUUUACAAAAAUCCACACCGCCUUGAGUUUCUAUCUCACUGUUUGGAUGCAUUCUAAGAAACAAUUUCAUGUCCUGAUGGUCCACUGUCUCUGGAUGUUUCCAGGGACAUGACUAUGCCAUUUUUGCAAUAGAACCUUGUGGGACAAACACUGACUUGUCAAAAUAUUUGGAAACUUGAUAAGAUUUUUUUGCAGAUUUGUUUGAUUUGUAAAGCAGCUACACACUAGAUUUAGAGGAUGCACAGGUGGAUGAUGUAAUGGAAACACUUUGGAAACAGAGGGAUGUGGAGUCAACAUGUGAGAGAUAUAAUGAGAGGGUCCAGCGCUGGCUGAAAGAGGUAAAUUAUAUAGACUAAGCUGGCAGGCAAGGGUAUUAAGGAACCAAACUGAGCAAGUAAUUGGGUUAAAGGUACAGAUCCACCACAAUGUGACGCUGAGAGUAAUGAAGCCUUCGAGAGUGGGAAAGGGAGAGCACAGGCUUACAGCAAGAAAAAGAGGUUGUGAUAUUUGAUAGUGUGCUUCUCUGAUGAUGGCCCCACUGAGUUAUUUUGUAAAGUGGCAGGGAGUUAGUUAUACUGCAUGAACUUGGGCUGAUUGCCCACAAAUAACACUGGAUUUAACGCUAUUUAAAUUAGCAGGUGUAAAACCUGAUGAAGAACAGAUUAACCAUGUGUUAGAUACUAUACAACCCUCAAACACGUCAGACAUCUCUGUGACAUGUUCCCUCCAACUCCAUUUGCCAAACCUUUGUUUUUAAAUUUCUGUUUAACUGUACUUCAGAUCCUUUUAAAUGCAUAUUUGUACAAUAUCGAUGUGGCUUCAUGUGAAUUUGAGUUCAGACUUACUUAAAUGCCACGGACCAUAUUCAUACAGCCGGCCAACAGCUGAAGUUUUGGUUGACUCUGGUUGCAAGGGUUAAAGUAAAGUCUUUUCCUCAGUCUCUUGACCAGCUUCAGCCCUGGUCUAAUAGCAACGGUCAUUUCCACUGUUUGUGCCUGGCGGUCUUGCCCCAGCUCUGGGCACUCGAUGCCCAAAUUGACCCCCAAGCUGUUGGUCCUCUCCACUUAUGCUGAGAGCAAGGUGCCAUCUAUCCGAUUCCAGCCCAUCCAUGGGGAAAAGGGGAGUGGUUAGGAGAAGCAAGGAGGGAGACACGUUAAGAUCCCUGGGAGAACUGCAAGGGAUAUGUGGGCUGAAGUUUAGAUUAAAAAAAAAUGGGCAGUAAAUGGAAUUAAAACUAAAGGGUGCAAACAUCUCAAGAGAUAUAAAACAUUACACUUUAAUAAAGUUUCAAGGGCAAUAAAAAUAAUGCAAACUAAUUGGUUAGUAAAACAGCAGAACCCAGAGAAGAAAAGAAAUUGUAGGUUCAGCUAAGAAGUUCCGUGAGAUUGAAGCUAGUAAAAGUGUUUAAACGUAUUUAAAAGUUUUGCAAAGUGCUCAUGGUGUUGAAAAGUAUUUCAAAGUUUGUAAAAGUUAUAAAAAGUGCUCAAAGA